AAGCCGAGCUAUUAGUGGCUCCGCCAUAUUGGAUGGACUGAGUAGGUCUCUCUCUCUCUCUCUCUCUAUCUCACUCACUCACUCACUCUCUCACACAUUGCUAAUAUACAGAGCUUUACUACUAGCUAAGCUAAACCACACGGCGACGUGUAGCCUCCUGCCUGCUCUCCACAUAAACACUAACAGACACUUUCCUAAACUUCAGUACACAUUUAACAAGCACUUUUAACUUCUACAUUUCUUUACCCCCACUGUUAUAUAUGCCGGGUAUUAUUAUUAUUAUUCCCGGGAGAAUACUGAACACUGAGCCAACAUCACCGGAUGACUUGGCAGUGUUUGACUGACCCAUGCCCUGAAAUUGGAAACCGAUCUUAGGUAAUGGAGGAAUUCGACAUGCUCACUCCCUGCUCUGUGUGGAAAUGGUUUUAGCAGGCACCGACUAACACAGAGAAUUGCUGACGUGAAUUUGGACUAGUUAAAACCUUUCAGAAAUCUGACCCCGACUCUGAGAACUUGCAGAAGAGAAGAAACUUUCUGGUUGUGUGUGUGGUGUGUUUUUUUUUUUUUUUUUUUUUUUUUUUUUCUUUUCUUUUUUUUAAAUCCUCAGACCAUAUCACAAGGAUAUUAACACAUAAAACCGCACCAUGCCGAGCUCAACCAUCCGGAGGCAGAUGAAAAAUGUGGUCAAUAACUAUUCAGAGGCAGAGAAAAAGGUCAGAGAGGCGACCUCCAACGACCCAUGGGGGCCCUCCAGCUCGCUCAUGUCCGAGAUCUCUGACCUCACGUACAACGUGGUGGCCUUUUCCGAGAUUAUGAGCAUGAUCUGGAAGAGGCUGAACGAUCACGGCAAGAACUGGCGGCACGUGUACAAAGCGCUGACGCUGCUGGACUACCUGAUCAAAACCGGUUCGGAACGUGUGGCCCUGCAGUGCAAAGAGAACAUCUUUGCCAUACAGACCCUUAAAGACUUCCAGUAUGUCGACCGUGACGGCAAAGACCAGGGCAUCAACGUGAGGGAGAAGUCCAAGCAACUGGUGGUUCUGCUGAAGGACGACGAUCGGCUGAAGGGUGAGCGCUCACAGGCCCUUAAGACCAAAGAGCGCAUGGCCCAAGUAGCCACCAGCGUCGGCAGCAGCCACCAGAUAGGCUUUGGUCGUGGCUCCAGCCAGCCGAACCUCUCCACCAGCUACUCGGAGGAGUACGGCAGAUCUGAGGGCUCACCGGCGUCGUAUCAUGGAUCCACAUCCCCCAAUGCGUCAUCAGAGCUAGAGCAGGCUCGACCGCAGACGAGCGGAGAGGAGGAGUUACAGCUGCAGCUUGCACUGGCCAUGAGCAGAGAGGCGGCAGAACAGGAGGAGAGGAUGCGCCGUGGGGACGACUUGCGGCUCCAGAUGGCUCUGGAGGAGAGCCGUAAAGACACUUCGAAAGUGCCCAAAAAGAAAAAAGAGCCUCAGUCGUCCUUGAUGGAUCUGAUGGAUGCGGUCUCUGGAGGUCCAGUUGACCCUUGGGGGACAGGAGGAGGAGGAGCAGCAGCAGCAGCAGCAUCAGCCCCGUCCUCUGACCCCUGGCAAAGCUACAGUAAACCUGGUAGUGCCACUAAGCCAGCAGCUCCUGUGGAUCCCUGGGGUCUGCCAGCUUCUGCAGUGUCUGUCUCUCCUGUGAAGAACAGUGACCCCUGGGGGUCAAGUUCUGCUCCAGCAGUGGCUGAUCCGUGGGGCUCAGGGCCUGCCGCUCGUCCCAAAGCCCCUGGCCCAGGCUCCUUUGAUCUUUUCUCAACAUCAAAUGGUACCUCUACGGAUGACCUAGAGGAUUUUGACAGUCUUCGCUCUUCCAUGAUGUCAGGUGGUGGUAAAGGAAAUUCAGCCUUGUCAGCACAGACCAGCAUGUCUGUCAGCCCUGACUUGUUUGACCUGCAGCCAAGUGCCACAACCAGAAAAACCCCCGAGUCAUUCCUGGGUCCUAAUGCAGCCCUGGUAAACUUGGACUCUCUGAUCACCAAGCCUGCUCAACCAGCUCCUGUUUCGAAUCCUUUUCUUGCUGGAGGAGCCGCCCCUGCCCCUCCACCUCAGGUCAAUCCGUUCCAGGUGAACCAACCGCAACCACCCACUCUCAACCAAAUGAGAGUAAGCCCCAUGAUGGGCCUCUCAGCCCAGGGAUAUGGCAACCUGGCACAGAGAAGCAACGAACCCAUGCCCUUGUCCUCUCUGCCCCCUGCUGGUGUUGUGGGCAUGGGUCCUAUUGGUGGCAUGACACCUAUUGCUCCCAUGGGCCAAAUGAUGCCAAGCAUGGGCAUGCCAGUCUCCAUGUCAGUGCCGCAGCCACUCAGGAGCGAUGUUCUGCCGCCUGCAGGCACCACAACCCAGGCUACUGGUCCCACUAAUCCUUUCCUGUUGUGAGGAACAAUAUAGGCUCUCAUCGCCUUUCUCCGUCUCCCAGCUCCUUCCCUAUAGUAUGGACAGCAUACUGUUGUGUUCCCCAAACCAAUGUGCUAUUUUGAGACUUUCUGGAGUAGCAGUGGUGUUUACAGUUUUUACAUUGGCAGGCGAUGCCGUCUUCGGCGGUAGGUACCAUAGAGUGAUUGGUAUUUUAUUUUUCUAAAUUUACUCGAAUGGACUGCCAGCGAUUGAUUACUGUGUCUCUAGGUGUGACUUUCUCACCACUCUUAGCCUACGGUCGCUUUCUGAAAGACAGCCUUGUGUUCAAAAGGCUUUCUGAUUUUUAAAAAUUACUUUGAAUUGCUCAUUUUCUUAAACAGAGGCUUAAACUCUGAUUUCUCUUGUUUAAUUUUCUAAUUUUUAGUAUUUUUGAAGCUGUAUAAUUGCAAAAAGCUAACCCGUUUUAAUCAAAACAGCCACAAAUGUUCUACCCGGUGCAUAUACACUGUGUGUAUUUUACAGUAGGUUAUGAGUAGACACAUUUUAGACGACACUAUCAGUUUACAUGGUAAUAAUUUUGAUGUUCUGAGCAGGGAUUUUGCACACGCUCUUUUUGUUUUUGUUCUUGUUUUGACUGUUGUCUCACCGUUAGUCCUUAGCUCAACACUGAUCAACCGUUGUGUUUUUUUUUUGUGUGUGUGUGGGGGAAAAUGCUUAGGACGUGCAAAAUUUGAUCCACACCAUCGACCUGUUUGAGCGGUUUUGAACCUGAUGAGUUGAAAGAUGACUUUCAUACUGAAAUGGAGGGGAUUUUUAAUGCGUGAUGUGGAAUCGGCUACCAUAUCAUACCCUCGCUCGACUUUUCUGAAUAUAUCCACCAUUUUUAGAGCUUAUUAACUGCUAAUACAGGCUGUUUCAGUUCAUUUACGGUUAUGUAUCUUCACACAGCUUCUCCCCCGUCUUUGUGACCGAGCUAAUCAACGAGCAAAUCGAUACUAAAGAUUAGUAUUCAGUCAGCUAGCUUUUCAACCACGCUGAAAGGUUUAAACUAGCGUCCAGUGAACUUGUUGCUUGGCGCGUAACGGUGGUAAUGUUUAUUUAAUGAUCAGCAGAACAAAGGGAAUCGGGAAGUUUAUUUAGUUCGUGUUUUCUUCACGUCCGACUACGUCUACCGCUCACGGUAUAACUAAUCACUUUUACCCAGUGCAGAAUUUUUAUAUAGCGUGUUUUAAAUAGUUAAAUAUUUAUCAGCGCUUUCCAUUACAGCAAGUCCACAGCGUGUAUGGAAAACCACCGUAAACACAUUACGUAUGGUAUCUUUGGUUGGUGGGGGAUUUCUUGACUAGGCCUGUGUGUGUGUGUAUUUGUGUGCAGCACACAUGUAUGCAUAUUUUUUUCCUUUACUCUGUUUUUUUUUUUUUUUUUUAGCAAUGGUGUUAAAAUACAUCAGUUGAUUACCAUUAAAGCAUUAUUAUGUAGCAAUAGGAUAUUCUUAAAGAUGAGAAUCCUUUUGUUCAUAUCAGAAUUUAAUUUUAAUAAACGGUUCAUUCACAAACAGGAUUUUUAACACAACUUUGAUUCCUGCUUUUAUAUGAAUAUUAUUUCUCCCAAGGUCAAACAUCCACUACAUGUUCUUGCAUGCUCCAGUUGAACUUGUUAAUGAAUUUGUAAGUCUAAGGAUUUACAAAUCUUUCCAGAAUGACUUAUUUUUUUUGUUCCUCCCCUAUAUCAUGAGUGAAAGAUUGCAAUUUCUUUAUCUACCCAUAUGUAGUUACCAAAGUCGUAGCGCUUUUGCUGUAUUACAGAGUGGAUGGUGUAGUUUUAUAACACAAACACCCUUGUAAAUUGUUUUUAUUUUAAUUACUUUUGGCCCAUGUGUCAGUGUUCUGGAUUCGAGUUGUCGUCUAGCAGAUGUAGAAAUGUGCCGUUUUUAACUGUCCUCUUUAUUCGCGACUUCUUCCGGACAUCCUGUGGUAGUACCGCCCCGAUCGCAGGUGUGUUCUUACUCACAAACUCCACAUCCAUCCUCAGGCAAUCGGGGGAAGACGGAUUUAAACCGUACACUUCGUUCUCACAGUCGGUGCGGGUGCUGAUCCUGUGAUAUUAGACUUCUUGCUGACGAGCAUCAGAUUAAAUUACACAAUUGUUUGUGGGG